CUCUUCGAUCUAAAAUAUAAAAAAACUGUUAAAGUUGCCUUACAAUCAUGGAGUGAUAUCGAUGAUGGUUCAUAGAGUUGAAAACACUCUGUUAUUGGAUGAUUUUGAUAUUCACAAAUAUUUGCUUAGGCAAGCAGAGAGCGACUGGGAGUGGCUAAGAAAAUUUUUUUACGAACACAUUUUUCAAAAUCUCGGUGACAAAGAUAAACGUCUGUUUUACAAAACAAAUAAUAGGAAUACUUUGCAACAGAGAAAUUUGGUAUCCAAGUUUUUGUAUCAUUCGAUAUUAAUAGCAGAUAAUAAAGAACAACAUACAAACCCUCGUGUACCUGUGAAAACAUUGGAACCAUGUUUACCAGAACCUUCCCAAGAGGAGAAAUUACCAGAUCCAAAUUGUAAUCAUAAUUUUGCAAGAAACAUUGUAUGGACUUUUGAGAAUAUACAGAUGCUUAUUGGUACCGAUAUGCCAAUAUUUGGGGGACAAACACAUCCGUGUAUAAGUCUAAGGUUGAGGGACAUGAUGAAGCCUAUUAAUGUUUUAACUGGAAUAGAUUAUUGGUUGGAUAAUUUAAUGUGCAAUGUCCCAGAAGUUGUGAUGUGUUAUCAUUUGGAUGGAAUAGUGCAAAAAUAUGAAUUAAUAAAAACGGAGGAUCUUCCUAAUUUAGAUCAUUCUAAGUUCAGUCCUAAGGUCAUAAAAGAUGUGGCACAAAACAUUUUAAGUUUCUUAAAAAAUAAUGCAACAAAGGCUGGGCACACUUAUUGGUUGUUUAAAGGCAAGGACGAUGAUGUUGUAAAAUUGUACGAUUUAACGUCUUUGUGUCACGAUGUAUCUGACGAAAAAGGUCAGAAUCCAUUCACUGUACCUGUUGCUAUGUUAUUGUAUAGAGUAGCUCGUAAUAUGAAGUACUCUUCCGAUUAUCACCGGCAACAAGGCACUAUUAGAAUGCUACUGAAAAAUUGCGUACAAUUGUUAGCUAAAGAAAAAUACCCCCAAAUUGUUACGUCGGCGCAUUUUAUGUUAUCCGAUUUGUAUAUACCGUCGGAUACGAACCCUGCUAGUCCCGGACUUUCCGAUCAAAGUGACGAAGAAGAUACACAAAGCGAAUCAAGCACAAAUCAUGAAAAUGAGAAGGACGAGGAAGAAAAAAUCGAAGAAGCUGCGAUAAAAUCGUUGACGUUGGAUCACAUCAAGGAACAUGCGGAUUGCGAAGAGCCAAAAUAUAAACCGCCGCCUAUUGCGGGAUCAGUCGAAGAAAGAUGUUUGGCAGCCUUGGAGCACGUUUGUCAUGGGCUUCAGUGUUUGCAGUAUUUCCCAACGGAAAAUAUUUCGGACGAAGAACGAAUAAAGGGGAACCAAAAUGGGAAGGAGACAGAAUAUGAAGAAACGCAUUUGAACAUGGCAAAACCUUUCCAAGCAAUUCCUAUGCCUUACACCGCUUUGAAAGACGAAAAGGAAGAUACCGAAUCCGAAGAAAGUUCCGUAAACAGUAGUCCCAACCAUAAAAAGAAGUUUGAUUCAAAGAAGAAUAAAAGAUCUGAAAAAAUUACUUCGAAAGUGGGACCAAGCGAAAGCGAAGCAAAAGCAUUACUGUGUAAAACUAAAGCCGAAACUUUACCCACGUGGCAAGCUCCGAAGAAAAGCGAUAACAUUAGUUGGAACGCGCAUUUGAAGAUAUUGUUGUACGAGAAAGCGUCGUUGAUCUUCGCCGUACUCGCCGAGAAUGAAUACGCCAAUAGAAAUUACGGAGCUUCGUUAAGAUAUAUGUUGGCGGUACUACGGUGUCAAAAAAUAUUGGAGAUCUAUUGCGGCAUAAGAAACACAAAGUCAAUUAGCUAUUUAUUGGGUCGCGCGGGAGAUAGCUGUUUUAUGGUUGUACAAGACUGGUGUAAUGUAGAGAAACAUAGAAGGGAUUACGAAAUAGAAAAUGAGAUCGAAGGAAAGAUCGUCGAAGAAAUUUGUACAAUUGAAGACUUGGACAUGAACGGUGCUGAAUUACUGCCACAACGUUUAGAAAGUUUAGAAUCUACGUUAGUAGCGUCUUACAUGUGUUACGAAAAAGCGUUGUCGUUAGAACCGUUGGACACGGAUAAAAAUAAUCUUCUAAGGCGAUUAGGAAACAUUCAUAACGAACUAGGUGUUCUUUAUAUGAAUCAAGCUGGAACACGUUAUCAGCAAGAAAGUACAGCAGGGCAAACUUCAGAAUCCUCGUCCGACGUAAUAGCACUGCUCACGCGAUCGUUAACUCAUUUAGAGGCGGGUGUGAAAGCAUUCGAAACCGUUCACGACGAAGCAAACUUAUCUCUUUUACAUUCAAACACUGGAAGACUUAUGCGACUUUGCGCACAUAUGCACGUGAAACAAAACACUCAGGAACGUCAUUUUUAUAAUAAAGCACUUGUGAGUUAUCAAAAGGCUCUGCAAGUCUUGGGUACCAGAAAAUCAAAUCCUGCAAUUUGGGAUACUGUUACAUGGGAUCUGUCCACCACCUUGUUCACUAUGGCCACGUUGUUGCAAGAUUUUCCUAUUACCGGUUGCAAAACGGAGGAAGAACUGGAACGGGAAGUCGUCGAUAUUCUUCAAAAGGCUCUUAAGCACUGUGAUACCGAAACAUCCGGGCCACGACAACCUGUUUAUCAGUUCCGUGCUGCGAUUAUUCAACAUCGACUCGCUUCUUUGUAUCAUCGUAUAUAUAGAGAGUGCGAACCUGAUAUGGAUAAUAUCAAAAGGAAAACAAGCUUGCAACUGUGCAAGUUAUAUUACGAAAAAGCUGCGAAGCUCUUGUUAGCUUUGGAGCAGAUUACAGAGUUUCUGACAGUGCAAAUGGAAAGGGUUGCUUUGGCAGAACACCAAGCUCGUUGCGCAACGACAUUUAACGGUAAAUUAAAAGCAUAUCAAAAUAGUCUGGACUUAAUAUUGCAAUGCAGACCUAUCAUGGACGUGUUAUACGAUAAAAAUAAGUCUCAGAAACAAAAGGAAGAGAGUCGAUGUACAAUCGAUAGUAAAGUCGCGAAAGAAAAUGUAAACGAAAAAGGGACUGACGAACAAAAGUUGAUCGAAGACGAGGAAACUUUGGUGACAUUACUCGAACAGAGAUUGCAGUUCAACUUGAGAUCCUUGACCAAGUUAUUCGUUACCAAGAAUAGCAGUGGCAACAAAAAAUAUUGCGAAGCUCUCGCCAAUCUGUAUAAACAGUGUUAUAGCCGGACGUUGCGACCGGUCACGAUGACCGGUUUCACGUUAAUAGAGCACAUUACGAAACUUUUACGAGAAUUGGAAAAGAUGUUACCGUCUACGGAAUCAUGAACGUGUAUACUUACAUGUACAUAUCGUAUUUGUGCCAGUUCGAAGACGUGACGCGCAAGGUCUCGAUCAACGAAUAUUAUUCCUUCCUCGGAUUGAUUUCCUCGAUCGUUUUAAAGAUUUUUCGGUCACCGUUAACGCUGGUCGUUAUACAUUUAUGAGGUGAGACCUUGAGGAAAAUGUUCUUUAAUUUACUAUUAUAUCUUAAGAUCUGGAGGACAUUUUUUUAUUCUAGUAUGUAAAUAGUCAGAUCGAAGCUUUUAUUUAUAUAUACAUAUAUGAUUUAUAAGUGAAAAAUAAAUAGCU